AUGAAUCCAUCGUUGAGACACCGGUACGAAGGACAAUUGCACAAGUACACGAAUGCCAUGAAAGGGUGGCAGUUCAGGUGGUUCAUCCUUAGCCCGGAGACUGGCGAGCUACACUACUUCCUCAGCGAGGCUGAGAAAAACCAGCGGCCCAGGUGCUCUAUUUAUUUAGCUGGAGCUGUCAUUGCUCCUAGUGAUGAAGAUUCUAAUACUUUUACUGUCAACUCUGCUACUGGUGAUAUGAUAAAACUACGAGCAACAGACGCGCGAGCGCGGCAAGAAUGGGUCGACAAAUUGCGAGCAGUUACAGAAAUGUACACCAGAGCGAUAGCUAGCAGCCACCCGCCAUUGCCGCCUCGAGAACACUCUUCAACCACCCCCAGAACUCCAGUAGACAAGCUCGAGGUCCUCGACGCGUUCGCAAACUGCCGGGAAGUACUGACCAAAGUCGAGAAGCAGAACCGAGCUCUGGUGAACGCAAUCGAAACUUCCGAGUUCCACCUAGACCCCGACCUCCUGGUGCUCAAGGCUCUUGUACAAUCUACUGUUACUACUUUAAAUCAAUGUUUAAAUAUUCUGUACAAAUAA